GAAGUGUGUGUGAGGAAAGCUCUUGCAGUCAUGGCUAAACUGGUGGAGUGUGUACCUAAUUUCUCAGAGGGACGUAACAAGGAGGUUAUUGACGCCAUAGCUAAUGCCAUCUCUGCCACCGAGGGCUGCAGUUUACUGGAUGUUGAUCCGGGAUCAUCAACCAACAGGACUGUGUACACUUUUGUGGGCUCUCCCACGACUGUAAUCGAGGGGGCUCUGAACGCGGCCCGUGUCGCUUUUAAACUUAUAGACAUGACCAAACACUCAGGGGAACAUCCUCGGACAGGUGCGAUGGACGUGUGUCCCUUCAUACCAGUGCAGAACGUCACCAUGGAGGAGUGUGUACAGUGUGCCAAUGAAUUUGGCCAGAGGUUGGCAGACAUGCUGCAUGUGCCAGUCUAUCUUUAUGGAGAGGCAGCUAGAAAAGAGAGCAGAAGGUCACUUCCGUCCGUCCGUGCAGGAGAAUAUGAGGCAUUACCAGAUAAGUUGAAAAAGAGUGAAUGGGCUCCUGAAUUCGGCCCAGCCACCUUUGUCCCCUCAUGGGGAGCAACAGUCACCGGUGCCCGAAAGUUCCUUGUCGCCUAUAACGUGAAUCUGCUGAGCACGAAGGAACAGGCUCACAGAAUCGCAUUGGACAUCAGAGAACAGGGCCGCAGUAAAGAUCAACCCGGGCUUCUCAAGAAAGUUCAAGGGAUGGGAUGGUACCUGGAAGAGUCCAAUCUGGCGCAAGUGUCCACUAAUAUCCUGGACUUUGAGCUGACGCCAAUGCACACGGUGUAUGAAGAGAUCUGUAGAGACGCCAAGGACUUGAACCUUCCAGUGGUGGGAUCUCAGAUUGUUGGUCUGAUCCCGCUGAAGGCCAUGCUGGAUUGCGCUGACUUCUACAUUAAAAGAGAAAAGCUGUUUGUUGUGGAAGAGGAGCACAAAAUACGACUGGUUAUCAGCAAACUAGGACUCGACUCUUUGGGGCCUUUUGAUCCAAAGGAGAGAAUUAUAGAGUAUAUGGUUCAAAACAAUCAGGACGAUGGCCGGCUCGUGUCUCUGUCUCUGCAGAAGUUUGUUCACAGCGUCGGGGCCAGAACAGCGGCUCCUGGUGGGGGGUCUGUUUCUGCUGCAAUUGCUGCUAUGGGAGCAGCUCUGGGCUGUAUGGUCGGUCAGAUGACGUACGGAAAGAGACAGUUUGAGUCUCUGGAUGGGGAGAUGAGGAAACUCAUCCCUCCUUUUCAUGAAGCCAUGAACGACUUAUUAUUAAAAGUGGACGCGGAUUCAACUGCCUUUAACAGCUACAUGGCUGCUCUGAAAAUGCCCAAAGGCACGACAGAUGAAAUCAAAAGGAGGGAGGAAGCCAUGCAGGAGGGUCUGAAAGCAGCGGUUCGUGUUCCUCUGUCUCUGGCAGAGAGAAUAAACACACUCUGGCCGCAUAUUAAAGAGAUGGUCAAAUAUGGAAAUGUGGCAUGUAAAUCAGACAUUCAGGUAGCGGCUAAAGCUUUGGAAACAGCAGUGUAUGGAGCUUAUUUCAACGUCAUUAUAAACCUGAAGGACAUCACAGACGCUUCAUUCAGGGCCAGCACUGAAGCAAAAGUUUCUGCGCUGUUGAAAAGCUCCAGAGAGAACGCCAACAUAGCGCUGGAGACGGCAGACCAGAGGAAAUGAUGACACAGCCAGACUGUAACUCACAACACGUUGAAUAAAGAAUGAAAUGAAGAC